UUCCGUUCAGUGGCCAGCUGUUUUGUACCAUCGUUCCCUCUUUUCCUUCGGCUGCCUGACCGGCCAACCCGAAAAAGAUGUUUCGAAUUGGACUCAAAUUUUCGUGCAACGGUCUAAAUGGGGUAAAAAAACACGGUUACUCUAGACUGUAUCUAACUGCCAGGUACUAUGAAACGCGUGCUCGUGUCAAGUGUGAACCGGAGGGAAAGUUUUGCAAGGAUGUUAGACUUACGUCCAGACUUUCUGGACAUAAGUAUUCAACCGAUUCCAAGAGAAGCGAGAAGAGCAGAAGUUCCGGUACAUUGGUAGCUUUAGGAGCCUUAACUAUCGGGACCAUAGGUGUAUUGGCUUUUGCGAAAACUAAUCCAGACUUUCGAGCGACAUUAGAAGGAUGGAUACCAGGAACGGAUAAAACAAUACGAAUCAUCUUUCAGGAAGACUCUAAUUAUUUAGAGUUAAUCCUUACACGUUUAGAUGCUCUGAAGGAGAAAAUAUCAAAUAUAACUUCCAUUUUCUACAAGGGUACAUCGGAAAAAGAAGAAUCAGGUCAGGUUAAUCGAAAAUCAUUAGAUUGCACGAAGUUUGAAGAUUAUAAACCUCCAAAAUCAGCAUUUGUAGAAUUGAUAAACAAGAAGGAAUCAUCUACUAAAGAACCUUAUGCUGAAAUUCGAGUAAGCAAAGAAACUAAAGAAAAUCAAGAAGAAAUUCAAGGCGUUACUGAAAAGCCAGCAUCUAAAGAAAUACCAAAAGAAUUAAUGCCGGAAAAUCUCGUCGAGUUGGAAACAUUUUGUGGCCAAACUGCAGCUAAAGCUAUUGCUGCUUAUAAGACAGCAAUAUGUGCAUUACAGGAUUACAAUCAUGAUGUAAUUAAAGUAGUAGAAAGUGUCGAUACAUCGGUACCCUCUAGCAUUUGGAAGAGAUUAAAAGAGGCCACGGAAAAAAGGGAAGAAGCAUUGCGUGAAGCAGAGGAACAUGCUACUAAAGUCUUAGAUUCGCUCAAACAAAUGUAUUAUUUGAUCGAUGAGCCCAAAUUUGAUGCACCAGCUCAUGUGAAAACUGCGGCAAGAAGAAAUAUCAAAAAAGUGUUGGAUGAUCUUGACGAUGUCAAACAGAAAUUCGAAGAUGAGUUGGAACAUGGAAAUAUUACUGAACGUUAUUGGAAACAAGUGAGAGCGGCUCGAGAGAAAUUUGAGGAGGAAUUAUACUUUGUUAUAGCACGCAUUGAGGAGGAAAAAGGAGCUUCGAAUGCUCAGCUCCUUUGGUCAGCUUGUAUGGCAUUAGCCAGAGCGGUGAAGGUUACGUCAUCCUCGAGUGAACCUACUAUAAGGCCUCUGGAACCCGAAAUUAAGGCCAUUGCUAACGCAGCAUCAAAAGAAGAUCCAUUGGUUGCUGCUGCGAUCGACGGUAUCCCUGUAGAAGCUGCGAAGAGAGGUGUUUAUCCGGAGGAUAUUCUUCGUAAAAAGUUCCUCGAUAUAGAGAAACAAGCGAGAAGAUUAGCGUUGGUUCCAGAGGAAGGAGCAGCUCUACCAAUUCAUCUUCUUAGCUAUCUUCAAAGCGUUUUGAUUGUGAACACUGAUAUACCGAAGAGCGAAAUCGAAGACGCUCCUAUUGACGUGAAUUCUCUCAACACGUACGACAUACUCCAACGUGCGAGGUAUUGGCUGGAUCGAGGAGACUUCAAGAUGACUCUACGUUACAUGAAUCUAUUGAAGGGUGCACCCAAAUCCAUUGCCAGAGAGUGGAUGAACGAAACGAGAAUCUUGCUGGAAACUCAACAGGCUAUCGACACUCUGAUGGCAUAUGCCGGAGUGACGGGCCUCAUGUUUAUCGGUGGUCCUGACUCGCCCAAGCUAUCGGCCGGACAAAAGUAAAACCGGAUAAAAGUUGGACACGAUCAAAAGCGAGGCCAGAUAAAAUAAAAAAUAUAGCCAGAAUGUAUGUAUGAAUGUAUGUACGAUAGAUAGAGAGAGAAAGUGAGAGAGAGAGAGAGAGAGAGAGAGAAAGAGAGAGAGAGAGAGAGAGAGAGAGAGAGAGAGAGAGAGAGAGAAGGGUGAAGCAGUGAAUGAACAAAAGAACAAAUUAUCGGCAUCGACUGUCGGCCUUGAAUGGGGUCUGUCUAAUUUUAAAGAAAUUAUUCCAUUCAAGGAUAUAUAUUAUUACGAAAAGGAGCCAGUACUUCCCUUUGCUAAUUUUCAGAAAAUCGUUUUUCUAUAAUUAAUUCGCGCAAUUUAUACAUGACGCGACUGUUAUAGGAGAAAAUAACGCUUCGUUGAUAACAAUAAAGAAAGAUAUCGUUUAAUAUGUUACGUUAAAGAAACGUUAACGACUAUUUCUAAUUGUUUCUUCGUUGAAUGUCCAGAAUCGAUGACCAGAAUCGAUGUCCAGAAUCGAUGUCCAGAAUUGGAUUUUAAAACAACAAGAGUAUAAUAAAAAAUAAACAAGAAAAAAAAAGAAUAAAGUAUUAUUCAUAAGUAAUGCUAACUAAAACCGAGGUCGAAGCGUUAAUACGUUUUUCGCACGGCUAGUCGAAAUAUCUCGAUCAAAAGUUGGUCAAGGUAUAUGAAAUUAAAUAUUGUUGUACACAAUAUAA